CCGCUCUCAGUGCUCGGUGUUCAUGGAGCCCAGUUUGCCGACCGUGCGAUGUAAAACAGGAACAUUUCUCCCUGGUGCUGAUCCAGUUUGGCUUAUUUCGGGAGACGAAGAGAAGACGGAUUAGUUCAGGGGGCGAACCUGUUAAACGGUGUCUUUGACGCUGCUCACAGCUGCUGUAAUGAGUUUCUUCCUCCAGCUUCAAUGCUGCUUUUCCACACGGGUCCAAUAGGAAGCCUUAUAAGGAGAGCGCCGAUCAGAUCUGAUGAGAAAAGUCCCUUCACUCCUGACCUCCACCUCAGCUGAGGCCCAGCAGAAACACUUCACUGCUUUUUUCUUCUUCUUUUCUCCACAAUGAUUCAUUUAUCAGUUUUCUGUCUGUCGUCAAAGCCACCAUUUUUUCUCAAGCUUUUUCUCAAGGAGAGGCUGCUUCCUACCGUUCCCUGCUAAAGCCUUUGGAGACGUUGGAUGUUACCUUUUAGUUAGUUAGCUCUUCUUGGUCCCUUCCUUCUUACACAACAGACACAACAGUAUUUUACUGACUGUUUUCUCUUGAGACACAAACUUGACACACAGCUUUGCUGCUAUUUCUAGUCUCCUGUUGAAACUGGAACUUUAAGGAAGUUUGGAACUUUUGCCGCUUGUUUUUUCUGUUUCCCACAAAAUGUGGUCUACGUUUUUUGUGAGCGAUGAGGGCACGGUGGGCCCGGCGGGGGCGGCCCCGGCUGCACCGGGAGCAGCACCCCAGGGUGGCGGGGGUCUGGCCGGUUUGAUGACUGGACGCAGUACGUUUGGAGGGGGCAAGCGCCGCAGGACCACGUCAACGGGACCGGCCAUGAGCGAGGCCCAGGAGGGAAAGAUCAAAUUAGCGUUCUUCGUCGCCAUCGUGGGCGUCGUCCUGACCGUCCUCGGGGUCGGGACAGAGUUCUGGGUGGAGCUGUCGCCCCCGAAGAAUUUCUAUAACAAUCAGACUUGCCUGACGGCUCACUACGGACUGUGGAAGGGCUGCACCAAGACCCUGUGGGUGGCUGAUAUUGACCCAGAAAGAGAGAGCUGUGGACCCGCUGAACUGCCUGGAGAAUCAAACUGCACCUCUUUCAAGUUUUUCACCACGGGGGAAAAUGCUGUGCUGUUUCAGAAGACGACACAGAAAAAUCUGAACGUAGCAGCGGCCAUGUUGGCCCUGUUCAGCCUGUUCCUGAUGGUGAUGGGAGCCAUGUGCAUCACCAUGUCUCUCAGUAAAGAGAUCCUGUUCUUCCUCAAACCAGCGUCUGUCUGCUUCAUCCUGUCAGGUAUUCUGGUGCUUCUGUCCCUCGUGGUCUUCCACCAGUCCGUCCUGGCCUUCCUGGCCAGCGACCACAGAGUCCCCCUCCACCACGAGCUCUCCUGGUCAGUGUCGUGUCUCGGCUGCGCGGGGGCCGUCCUCAUCAUAGGUGGGAUCUUCUUUCUGCUCCUUGCGCUGCCCUAUAGCCCCUGGCGGAAGUGUCUCCCCCACAAGGAAAGCAAUGACAGCUAGUGGCACCGGAGGUGCACCUUCUCAGCCCCUCAUGUAGGGGGGCCACAAUGUUUCCCAGAUAUGUCUUUGCAAAGAGAAUUCUUUCUGAUAUUUCUUUCUUGUGUUUCUUUUCCAGUUUUAUUAUACUUGCACGGUGACUCCAUCAGCCACAACAUUAUGACCACUGACAGGAGAAGUAAAUAAAAUUUAAACCAUCUUGUGACAAUUCAUUGUUCUGCUGAGGAACUUUUGGACCUGGCACUCAUUCAUGUGGACGUUACUUAGACAUGAAGCACCCACCGAGACCAGACCAGGCACCCCCACCUCAUAGCAAUGACACUCUUUUCAAUGGCAGCAGCCAUCUAGGGAAGAGUACUAGGGCCACCCGUGAGGAAAGAAAAUGAGAGAAGGUAGAGGUAGAUUUUUUUUUCUUAAUGCCAGUUGCAAUUUUAACAAAAAAGUCAAAAUUUCAAGAAAAAGAUCAAAAUUUAAGAAAAAAAAGACAA